CUGACAUCAAAACAAAACAUAGAAUCCCAAGCAAACAGUAAAGUCCACAUCUUUAAAAGGUUCCUCACUUCACCUCAGCCACAACACAAAACACCCUCAGUUCAUUAACCAUGGCAGUGAUAUCUACGUGUUGCCCACAGUUCAAUGGACUUCGCCGAUCAUCUCCCAAUCUCCCCAACAACAACUAACUACAAUCUCAAUCUUUCCUUCAACACAUCAACUCUCACCUCCGUCUUUCUUCUUCUCGUAGGCCUUGCAGAGGAGCUGUUACUGCCAUGGCCGGCUCUGGAAAGUUCUUUGUUGGGGGUAACUGGAAAUGUAAUGGAACGAAAGACUCCAUCACGAAGCUUGUUUCUGACUUGAACAGCGCAAAGUUGGAGACCGAUGUUGAUGUUGUUGUAGCACCUCCCUUUGUCUAUCUCGAUAAGGUGAAGGCCUUGUUAACCGAUCGAAUUGAGGUAUCUGCUCAGAACUCUUGGAUUGGAAAAUUUGGGGCUUUCACGGGAGAAAUCAGUGUGGAACAACAGAAAGAUAUUGGCUGCAAGUGGGUCAUUCUCGGGCAUUCCGAACGCAGGCAUAUUAUCGGUGAAGAUGAUCAGUUUAUAGGAAAGAAGGCUGCUUAUGCUUUGAACGAGGGUCUCGGAGUAAUAGCUUGUAUCGGUGAAUUACUAGAAGAAAGAGAAGCAGGCAAAACCUUUGAUGUAUGUUUCCAGCAACUGAAGGCUUUUGCCGAUGUUGUUCCCAGUUGGGACAAUAUAGUUAUUGCUUAUGAGCCCGUAUGGGCCAUCGGAACUGGUAAAGUGGCUACACCCCAGCAAGCUCAGGAAGUACAUGCAGCUGUCCGUGACUGGCUUAAAAAGAAUGUUUCCGAGGAAGUUGCAUCUAAAACACGUAUCAUAUAUGGAGGGUCUGUUAACGGAAGCAACUGUGCUGAGCUCGCAAAGCAGGAAGAUAUCGACGGGUUCCUUGUUGGCGGUGCUUCCUUGAAGGGACCCGAGUUUGCAACAAUUGUUAACUCCGUAGCGUCGAAAAAGGUGUCAGCUUAAACAUAUAUAAAGCUGAUUCAAGUAAGAAAUAAAGGACA